UUGUCUAUUUUUCGGGAAUAUAUUUUCGUAACCUGAUCAUAUUACAUUUUAUUGUCCUUUGAAACAUGGAAUAUGAUUAUUUUUUUGGAGAAGAUAAAAUGGGAAUGACUAUAACAUCUGGGUGUGUGACAUUAAGAAAAGACAAUAAUAAUCUUAUUGGCAUCAGCAUUGGGGGUGGGGCUCCUCAUUGUCCAUGCUUAUACAUUGUACAAAUAUUUGACAAUACAACUGCAUCAUUUAAUGGAUCAUUAGCCUCUGGUGAUGAAGUUACAGCAGUUAAUAAACAAUGUGUCAAAGGUAUGUCUAAGAUAGAUGUUGCAAAAUUAAUUCAAUCUGUAUCGGAAGAAGUAACAAUCCAUUAUAAUAAAUUGCAUGCUGAUCCAAAACAAGGAAAAACUCUAGAUAUAAUUCUCAAAAAGGUGAAGCAUCGAAUUGUUGAAAAAAUGAGUUCUUCAACCGCCGACGUCUUGGGCUUAAGUCGGGCCAUCCUUUGCAAUGAUUCAUUAGUCAAGAAAAUGGAAGAGUUGAAUAGGAACGAAAAAAUUUAUCGUGGGAUGAUCAUAUUGACCAGAAAAUUAUUAAAAGCCAUAUUUUGUUGCUCUCAAAAUUAUAAAACUUUAGGCGAGAUAUUUUGUAAAAUCGGAGUCAAAGAACCCCAAAAAGGGGCUUCACAAGCAUUUACUCAAUUCGGAAAGAUACAUAAAGAAAUUGAAGCGUAUGGCAUGCAGAUGCUGAAGAAAAGUAAACUGGUUCUGAUAGAUUUGGGAACCUUUUUAACCAAAGCGAUACCUGAUACCAAACUAACUAUCAAAAAGUAUGCUGAUGCUAAGUUUGAAUAUUUGUCGUAUUGUCUUAAAGUCAAAGAAAUGGAUGAUGAGGAGUACACAUUUAUGGCUUUAAAUGAACCACUAUAUCGUAUCGAGACUGGAAAUUACGAAUACAGGUUAAUUUUAAGAUGUCGACAAGAAGCCAGGAUCAAAUUUUCUAAAUUGAGAGGCGAUGUCAUGGAAAAAAUUGAGCUUUUAGAUCAAAAAUACUUACAAGAUUUAAUUAAUCAUUUGAAAAAAUUGAUAAUUGAUAUGGAAGAGUAUCAUUACAAGUGUUACAAACAGAUGAAGAGUCUUUCAAUAUUUCCCAUCGAGAUUGAUUUAUCGAAUUCUAUGUUUUUGAUACAAAGUAAUAAUACUGUGAACUCUAAUGACCAAGACGAAGGUGAUGAUAUUAUAAAUUUAAGUGAUCAUGAUGAACUUAUUACAAAUAUUGAUGAUGUAUCUCUGAUGGCGUACGAUGAAAGUCUCGUUAAAGACACUUAUUUGUUAUCUCUUGAUUAAUAAAAGAGAAGGAUUUGUAGAAUGGUGUGGAAAUUUAUGUGCAAUUUUUUUUAUUCUUUGUUUAAAAAAAAAGAGUUAUUUAUA